AUGUUCCUCAAUAUCCAAAGCCUUUCCCUUGUGGGCACACUUUCAACGGCCGGAUUGAUUUUCUCAGUGUAUUAUGCUGGUCUAGUCAUUCACAGGAUAUUUUUUAGUCCUCUUAGAUCAUUUCCAGGGUACGAAUUCUACUACGAUGUUGUUCUUGGAGGGCAAUACACGUUUCACAUAGCCGAGCUCCAUGAGAAAUAUGGCUCGGUUGUACGUAUAAAUCCGCAUGAGAUUCAUGUCCAUGAUCCCGAGUUCUACGACAAGCUCUAUGCGGGAGCCGGCAAAAGACGCCACAAGUGGCACUGGGCAACGCGAGGAUUUGGGGCUGAGAUGUCAACAUUUGCGACGGAGCUACACGAAGUUCACAAAGCUCGAAGAGCGGCACUAAACCCAUUCUUCUCCAUGGCGCGUGUCAGAAGACUCGAGUCUGUAAUCAAAGAGAGAGCCGAUGCCAUCCUCCAACGUCUUCAUGAAUUUCGUGAGAAUGGACGUGUUGUGCCUUUUGAUAUCCUUUUUGGGGCAUAUUCAAUCGAACACCCGAAUUUUGACAACGAUUUUCACGAAGCCUGCGUCAACGGUGGUCGACAACUAUUCCUGACCCGGCAAUUUCCAAUCUUGUUGACCCUGAUCAAGAUCAUUCCGCCUAAAUGGCUGCUGUCAACGUAUCCAUCCAUCGCCUCCUUCUUCGCAAUGCAUCAGGUGAAACAGGUCAAAGCACUAUAUGAUGCGCCAAAAGCAGACUCUGACGGGGGAGACUUGCCGACGGUGUUCCACGAGAUCUUAUAUAGCAAACUUCCGGAGCACGAGAAGGCAUUUCGCCGACUGGCUACUGAUGGAGGCGCACUUGUUGGUGCCGGUACAGUGACUACAGCUUGGGCUGCAACAACAGCCGUGUAUUAUCUCGUAUCGAAUCCGGACUGCUUACUCCAGCUGAAGUCUGAGAUAGCUGACGCGAUUCAAACAGCGGCAGAUGCGGGCCAAGACAAGGAGUGUGGACUGCCUCUUAGUGUUUUGGAAAAGCUACCGUAUCUGUCAGCAGUGAUACAGGAAGGGCUCAGACUCAGCUAUGGUGUGGCAACUCGGCUGGCUCGAAUCGCCCCAGACGAGGCAUUGGUAGUGCAGUCGAGCAAGACGAGUAAGACGAGUAGGACCGGCUCAGAGGAGUGGAUAAUCCCACCCGGAACUCCGGUAUCUAUGACCCAGCUCCUCAUCCUCCGCGACGAGGGCAUCUUUCCAUCCGCUUCCACCUUUCGGCCAGAGCGCUGGCUGGAGCAACCACACUUGGACAGAUACCAGGUCGCAUUUUGCAAGGGGUCUCGUAUCUGCCUGGGAAAGAAUCUGGCCAUGGCUGAGCUCUAUAUUAUGCUGGCUGCGUUAUUCAUCCAUUACGGGUCAAAGAGCGUCAGGUUUUCCAAUGACAUUGGUUACCUCGAACUGUGGAAGACGGAUGUCGACGACGUUGAGUGCCGCGUCGACGCGUUUGUGCCCCUACCCAAGAUUGGAUCAAAAGGGGUUAGGUUUACGGUACACACCUGGCAGUAA